CUCAAAAACUGAGAUACACAUUUUUAUGGAGGAUUGAGGUCAAAAUUGUUUGAAUUUUCGCAUGAUCGCCAACUUAAAAUGAUCCCUGUCGAUGCACAUUAACAUGAAAACGACUAUAAAUCCGCAUGUUCAAGUUCAACGAAAUCUUGCAGUGAAGUUAGCGAGUGUCACAUCUGGUGGUAAUCUAUGACGGAGACAAUUAAGGUUAUGUCAUGCAUUUUCAAAAUUAAAAAUGGGCAAAAGAAAGACACCAUCGGGGGAGGAGACCCCAAACAGUGACUUUUGUGACUUUCUUUCAGAACUGGCCGAAUACGAAAAAAAUAUAAGUCGCAACAUUCACAAAUACAAUGCUUAUCGCAAAGCCGCAAGUGUUUUAGCUUCACAUCCGAUAAGAAUAAAAUCAGGGGAAGAAUCGAAAAAAUUGAACGGAAUUGGGGAAAAAAUCGCGAAAAAAAUCGACGAAUUUCUCCAAACUGGAAAACUACAAAAACUCGAUAAUAUCCACAAUGACUCGAAAAGCACUGCAAUUAAUCUUCUGACACAAAUCACUGGAAUUGGGCCUGCGAAAGCCCAAAAUCUCGUCAAUGAAGGCAUCACAACCCUUGAGGAGUUAGAAAAACACAAAAACAAACUAAACCACCACCAACUCAUCGGUUUGAAGUACUACCACGACUUUAAAGAAAAAAUCCCUAGAGACGAAAUAAAAAAAAUUGAGAAUCUCAUUCGGAGCCACCUUGAGCCCCAAAUCCAACUCACAAUAUGCGGCAGCUACCGUCGAGGCAAACAACAAAGCGGUGAUAUUGACGCGUUAAUCACCCACCCAAAUUACACAAGCAGCCAACCCAAGAAAAAACAAAAUAUACUCAAAAACGUGGUGGCAGCAUUGCAAAAUUGCGGUUUAAUUACGGAAACCAUUUCAUUAGGUGACACAAAAUUCAUGGGGGCUUGCAAAUUAAACCAAGACUCAAUCACGAGGAGACUGGAUAUUCGGUUAACCCCCUACGAUCAGUAUUUUUGCGCUGUUUUGUACUUCACCGGUUCUGACAUGUUUAAUAAGGAGAUGAGGGCGCACGCUCUGGAUGUGGGGUUCACCCUAAACGAGUACACGCUACGACCGGUGGGGAGCACUGGGGUCCCGGGGGAACCCGUCGAGAUUCACUCCGAAAAGGACGUUUUCGACUGCAUUGGGUUUCCGUACAAGGAACCCGAGGACAGAAAUAAAUAAUUUAUUACAAUAUUAAACGAUCUAAGACUAUUUUUGUGUCG